AUGGAUGCUGAUAACGAUCACCAUGGUGUAACAGAGACGACAAGCUUCUUGAGACCUGAAAAUGGGGCCGAACCAACCGGCAAGAAACAAGAAUCGUGGAGCGAUCUCAAGCCAUUCAUUCGCCCCUUGAUUGCGAUCAACUUUCUCGGCAUCGUCUGUGGUCUCAAUGACGGCAGCAUCGGUGCUAUUAUCCCACGUUUGAAGGACUACUAUGAUAUAUCGAACCAGACGGUGUCCAUGCUCUUUUUGUGUAACUCUUUUGGUUACUUUGUGAGUGCGAUCGCCAAUGGCUAUCUGGUGCAGAAAUUUGGACAGCUUGGCACGAUCUACUUUGGUGCAGGCGUGUUGGUCUUUGGCUAUUCAGUGAUUGCCUAUGGUUUCCCAUUUUACGUGAUGGCGGUUCUUAUGGUAGUGCAAGGAGCAGGUGUUGCCUUGAUGGAUGCAGCUAUGAAUGUAUAUGCCACAAUGGUGCCAAUGGCUACAAUGAUGUUGAAUUUGGUACAUGCUCUUUAUGGUGUCGGCGCUAUGCUUAGUCCUUUGAUCGCUGGUGUAUUGUUGGACUUGGAUGUAUCGUGGAGAGGCAUCUAUGCUGUUAUGGCACUUAUCUCCUUGUUCAAUUUGGCUUUGGUGCGCGUGGGUCUUCAUGAUGCGGAUCUACAUGGAAAAUCCGAAGAGUCUGAUCAAGUGGAUAAGGAAAUGUUACGUGCAGCGCUUCUUCAUCGCAUGACCAUCCUUGGUGCAUUGUACAUCUUGGUCUAUGUUGGCACAGAAGUCACUAUGGGUGGAUGGAGUAUCACAUACAUGAUUGAAGGUCGUCAUGCUGAUCAAGCUGCAAUGACAAGAGUCGUGGCUGGUUAUUGGGCAGCAUUAGCGGCAGGCCGUAUAGUGCUUGGAUACGUCGCGGAGAAGUUUGGUGAGAAAAAGACUGUCUCGGUCCUUACCGCAGCAACCGGUGUUGUCCUUCUCGUGAUCUGGUACAUUCCCAAUAUCGUGGUUGAUUCGAUUGCCAUUAUCACUGUGGGCUUCUUAUUGGGUCCCAUGUUCCCUAGCACAGUCUCCUUGGCAUCCAAAGUGCUCCCUCGACGCAUGCAUCCAGCUGCUAUUGGUUUUAUGGCUGGCACUGGUGCAGGUGGUGCUGCAUUUUUCCCUUUCCUCACCGGUCAGAUUUCAGGCUACGUGGGUAUUCUAUCAAUGCCUUUGGUGUGUCUUGCAAUGGCAAUCACAAUGCAAGUCCUGUGGACCUUUGUUCCUUCAAAGCCAACAGGUGGUGUCUAA